CUCUGCGAGAUGUUUUCCUAGUUCGGCAAGACACAAUCAACUUCGAGAAAUAAUUAUAAAAGUUAAGUUCAGGCUCUAAGAUGCCUCCGAUUUUGGCAACAGGCUUUAGAAGAAGGAGAACUUUCAGGGAUUAUUUCUUUGAUACGCUUCAAGUUGUCCAUUUUUUAAUAGCAAUGGGAUUUUUGUGGGCUGGAGUUGUUGAGUUCAUCCGUAAUCCACCGUACUUCGAUGCUUAUGGCGAUGCAGCUACGUUGAAUGAUUUGCCAAAAGGACUGUUUGAGACUGAUCCAAGGAAUAUCAAUAGAGAGCAAUCUCUUCGCCUAAUGGAUCUACCAAUCCUUUUUAUGCUAUUGUCCUAUUUUGUUGUGUGCUGGUGGUUAAAGUUUAAAGGCUUAUCCUGGAUUUUAACAGCUUGUAUCACCCUUGUACUACUUUGUUUCUUCUUUGUUAAUUUCUGGGCCUCGGAUCUGUUUGACUGGAGAUAUUACAGACCAAGAAUGAGGGGUCUUGAAACCCAAGUAUUCACACUUUCACUGGCUCUCACAACAACAUAUGUUGUGUUAUUCUACUCAAGAAAGAAGAUGCCAUUCAAAUUUAAGUCCACCCUUCCCAUCCGACCAUUUGGGAAGAUCCAUGUGUUCUGCAACUUUGCAGCAAUUUUUGUGAUUGUCUACUUCUGUUUGAUAAUGUGGUUCUCCAAACUCUAUGUAUCUUGGUCUUGCUUCAAAAACUACAAAGAAGUUUUGCUAUUAUGUCAGAGCACCACCAUGGUACAAUGCUUUCCAUGUAAUAGCUGUGAUCCAGAUGGAUUAAAAAGCUGUGUUAGUGAACAACACAAGAUGUUUCAUUGUCAGGGGGUUCUAAAAGAUCAGGGAGCCUUCUGCAUCUUCAACUACAACCUCAGUGUCUUUGUCUUUCUCACAGUUUUUGCCUAUGUUGGUGGCUUAGUAGUGUUUCUUAGCAAAGUCUUCACCAUCUUGCUCCAUUACACAUUUCGAGCAUUCUUCCUCUUCAUGAAAUGGUGUCAGAUUAAAUUUGGUGCUAGGGAAGGGCACAGAACUAGCAUGGAUCUUCCUACCAUUCAGGAUAACAUUGCAAAUGUGUCUAUACAAGAACCAUUCCAAUAUGUUGAAAGGAACACUGAUAACGAGGCCCAAGUUACAGACAAUAGCUGUCGUUUAAAUGCCAGUAUUGAUACAUGUCACAUAGAGGAAGGUGAUCCAUUUGUUGAAGCUCUUGUGGCAUAGUUUUCAUGACAGCGGAAGAUUCAAGAGAAUUCAGAUAUUAAUGGAAUUAUAAUAAUUUCAAUCGGUCUUGUUUUGUAAUGAACCAAUACCUUCAUCCCUCUAAAUCUCUUUUUAUAACAGUUUACACACAAAUCCUUUGGUUUAUCAUCAAUACAGCUAUUACAGAGUCCAAAAUGAUUUUUAUUUACAAGAGAACUAAACAUUGUCAAAUUAUUAUAGCAUGUCUUUGUAGUAACAACUCAAGUCUAGUAUCUCUAGGAUAUCACAUUAUAAUUGAGUAAAAUUCUCUGCUGUUUUCUAACGUAAAUUACCAACUUUGAUUUUGCCUCAAACCUUAAGUAAAGAACACCAGAAAACUGUGAACACUUUCAUUGGUUUGAUUGACAGUCAAUGAUUAACUGACCAAUCACAAAAAUGUUCAAGAAAAAGGGCAUCUGAUGCCUGCUUGGUUA